AUGCAUAGGUGCCGUGUGAUACCUGAACCGCAUUCAUUUAAAACCUUGGAGAACAAAGAAAGUUUGCAAACCGACAUGGCCGGGCAGGGUGGUAUGUUCAAAGCGAAAAAGGUACUGAAAGCUGUAGUGCAUACCUGUGAAAGGUCCGUUGCCUUGGGAGUAGCUCUUGUCGGCAUGAUAUUUUUCGUUCCGGUGUUUGUUGCUGAAGCUUUAAUCCGUAUUGUGAAGGGCCGCCCACCAGAGGAGUCCGACACUGAGGAAAUAAUGGUUCCCAUUCGGAAAAUGCGAAUUCGCACUAUAGAUGCCGGCAAGAUUGCAGAGGCGUUUCCUGAGAAGCGGUUUGACGAGCUCGCGAACAAGCCGGCCAAGCAUAGCACCCCGUCGCCAUCUCCGGCAGGAAAAGCCGAUGACCACGGUCAUCUAGAUCCUCCGGCAAAGGCAGCGAAGCCCGCAACCACUGCUGAAAUUGAACCUGACAAGACAUGCUCUGUGUGCUUGGCUGAUUUCGAUGCGUCCGACAAAGUCCGCCAAUUAUCAUGCCAGCACAUUUUCCACCAACAUUGUAUCGACGAAUGGUUCACAAAAUACCAUUCUUACUGUCCCCUGUGUCAAUUGGACUACUACGAUCCGGCGAAUCCGCGAGUCUUGGACCAGUCGGAAGUCUCCGAGCUAGUGAUGACGCCUCUGACGGUAACGAGGCCGCGGAAGCGAGAGUACUGGCUGGAGACCCACCUGAACCGCAAAUAA